AUGGCUCAACUUGACAAGGAGAGGCAGUACGUUUGGGACAACAAGCAUCGAUUUCCACGGAAAGAUGCCACGUCCCAGCUGUUGCAUGGAGCUUGCGAAAAGCUGUUGAGGGAGAAGGCGGCCCUCGAGGAGCGUCGCUACGAGGAACACACAGCUGAACCGCACGUGCUGUUCCAGCGUCUCGGAGUUGAUUUCCACCGGAGGACUUCGGAGAAGGCCCGAGCAGCUUGGGCAGUGGCGAAAAAUUCGACAGUUGGUUGA